AUGCUUGUGCGUUCGUCGUUUCGGGAUACAAUAUCAAAAGUGAAAAAGCAAUUUCAACAUGAUGAAAAUGCAUCAAAAGAUAAAAUACAUCUAAUUAAAUAUGAUUCAAUAGACAAUCUAUUUAUUCAAAAUAAUCAAAAAUAUUCUUCUAAACAAACUUAUUAUACGAAAGAUAUAUCUAAUGGAAAAUUAAUAUUAACACGACAAUAUUCACGUAAUUCUUCGGGAGAGAAGACACGAAAUUUAUUAGUAAAUGUAUUUCGAACUCGUCGAUCAAACGUUGCUUUGGGAUCAAAUGAAGCAAACAUGGUUGGUAAACAAUUUAGUGUUUCAGUGAUUAAUUUAGCAACAUCGAUUGGUUCAAAUCGAAUUAGUAAUAAUGCACCAAUAAAUAAUGAAUCAACACUUUUAAAUCUUCUUGAUCAACGAAAGCAUGCUUUAUCUGAAGAAAAUUUACCAUCAACAGUAAGUUAG